AUGUCCCUUCCCACAUGUCAAAACUCCGCAGAACCUCUCCUCCUGGCCAUCAGCAAUAACAACGUCAGCUCUGAUGGCCAGGCUGCUCCAGCAUGGGGCGUAGAAAUGGGCAUAGGACUACCCCUCCAGAGGUUCUCCAUCUGGCCAUCAAUUUCAGACCUCACCGUGGUUGCUAGUGAGGACGAAUGUACCUCUUCUGUGGACUAUGACUGUCUCGCCCAGUUGGGAGGAACUUACGAUCCGUCUCGGUCGACCACUUCAGUCGAGUCGGAUCAGUCAACCUGGAAUGGCACCCUGGCUGAAGACUCCAGCUACUCAACCUACAACCUUUGGAAUGACGUCUUCACAUUCGGCUCGAACGACACCAUGGCGUGGGGAUUGCCCUUCGCCACCUAUGCUGUUGCAGGCGACAUGGUCGGAAACUCCCUCGGCAUAGGUCGCGAAUCCCCAUUUCUACAGGCCGUCAUCGACAGCAAUGCAGCACCGAUCAGGUCCUGGGGACUAUGGCCCGGUAGUCGCGCCUAUGACCAACCUAUCGACGGUCUCCUCGUCGUUGGUGGCUACGACACGGCCCGAGUGACCGGUGAAUUCACAUCUUUUCCCAGUCUGGACGGAUGCUACACUUGCCUUCAAAUCGAGGAUUUGAGCUGGGAGACAGACUCCGGAUCCAUUUCUUUAUUCAACGGCUCCGUAUCGGCACUGCAAGUAUCACUAAACCCAUGGUCCGAAACACUCCAGAUGCCGCAGGAGCUCUGGGAAUCCUUUGCCCAAGUCACCGACGGCGUGUAUGAUCCUACCUUUGACAGACUUACGUAUCUUGCCUCCAGUACCCCCAAUGGAAACCUCACCGUCUCUGUCAAAGACGGCUAUAAGUCCUCAAUACCUGCGUCAGAACUCUUUACUUUUCCACGAUACUACGAUAGCAUGGGCAACUACACGACCUACAACGAAACAUACAAGCGGGCCUUGAUCGUCAACUACACGAAUCUCGACACCGAAUACAAUUACCUCGCUACCUGGGGCAUGCCAUUCCUGACCAUGAACUAUCUCGUCAUGGACGUCGAGGCGAAAGAAUUCCGUCUGGCCGAAGCUGUGCGACAAGACUUCGCCAAUCAGGGAGGCGCCUUCCCUACCUCGCUGUGCACCGGCGGUCCUCCUGUAGACUCUCCAACGCCACCACCAGAUGACGGAGACGGCACCCCCAUCGGUGCAAUUGUCGGCGGCGUUGUCGGUGGCGUUGGCGGCCUCCUUCUCAUCGCGUUGGGCAUGUUCCUCUUCUUCCGCCGAAGGAAACGUCGAGGACAGUCCGCUCCUCAAACAGCUGCUCUUCCACCACCGCAAAACUAUCAUCAACCCGCUCCUCCUAGUGCACCUGUAAUGUACCCAGCCCCAGGAGGCAGUGCAGCAAUGUACCCAAGCCCAGCACAUGGAGGAACCUACCCGGCCCCAGGCCCGAUAGCAGGCUACCACCCAGGGCCUUAUCCAGUCAUGUCCCAAGUCGACUACGGUGCUGCUCCUCCUCCACAGCAGGGAGGCUAUCAAGUCUACUCUUCCCCCGCCCUGCCGCGUGCAGAAGUCGCAUCUUCCACCGCGUACUCCGACGCAGCGACCACGACAACAGCGGUGCAGGAACUGCCCUCCCCAAACAACAAUGCUGGGGAAUGGAGAGGGUCGCAGGUUAGUAGUAAUGAGAUGGAUUCGAGUAACGGUAAAGGCAUGGCCGCCACGGCCACCUCGCCCGUAGACAUGUGGAAACCACAACAGUGA